AUGCUUAAUAACACGUUUAAUGACGUUAUUAAUGACAUUAUAAUGACAUUAUUAAUGACAUUAUUAGUUGACGCUUUCAAAAUCUUUGAUUUUAAACGGGAAUGGCCACCAAUCGAUAAAUCACCACCACCAACAGAAAAACACUUACAAAAAGUAGAUUUAACAAAAGUUGCAAAAGCUCCUGUUCGAAAAUCGGCUUCCGAAUGUCCAGACAAUGACAAUGACCCAUUCUGUACUUGGAGUUGUACAAAUUGUAUUCGUAGUGAAACUGAUGUUGUUAUGUGUCCGAAUGCAGGCGGUGAGAAUUUUAUUCUCACUACUCAAACUAAUGAACAAAUAAUUGCCGAGUUAGAAUGGACUGCUGAUGCAAUAGUAAAAGCGAUCGGUGUCAAACCAAAAUACAUGCGUCCACCAUUUGGUGAUUAUGAUAAUAGAGUACGUGAUAUAUGCAAACAACUUGGUUAUAAGAUCGUAAUUUGGGAUAGAGAUUCCUUUGAUUGGUUAUCUGAUAAUAAUCCAUCAUUCCAAGCAUCUUUGAUUGAAGCAAACUUUACCCAAUGGGUCAAAGAAUCAUCUAAUAAUACUGGUCACAUUUCAUUGCAACAUGAUUUAUUUAAACUUGCUGCAGAGCAAGUUCCAAAGGUAAUUCCUAUUGUCACAAAUGGUGGUUAUAAGAUUCAACCAGUUGGUACUUGUCUGGGUGAUAAUAACUUCUAUCAAGGUAAUGUCACAACUCCGGAGCAACCUUCUGCUUCUGUAA